GGAAAUCUAUGGGCGCUUUAUCGCUGUGUGUGUCGCCAACUGUGUGCAUUCUGAGCUGUGUUCUUUUCGACGUGUGGUUUGUGGGAGGUCUGUACAUAUGGAGGCUGUUCGGCUUCAGCAACAGCCCUCGGGACCGCAGCGACGUCAUCCUGAGGAGAUCUAUCAGCUGCGGGUAACACACACAGCAUAAUGCACCACACACGGAGGCCAAACGAUGAAUCAGGUGAUGCUGUUUCGCUUUCAGGUUGGCGUGUGUGGUGAGUGCAGUGACUCUUCUGCUGCUGGCCAAGCCUGCGAAUACGGCGACGGGCAGAGGAGUCAGCUUUGCAACGCUUAUCGGCUUUGGGUGGGCAAAAUGAGGCGAGUGUUUGCACAAUCACUCACUCGUGUGACCAUCCUUUCUGGUGUGUGGUAGGGCAGGUGCUUCUUGGCUGUCCCUCCUGUUGCUCCCCGUGGCGCUGGCGUCAGUCCUUUACAUUGGCCUCAUCGUCGAGGCCACCUGCGAUGUGCUCGUCGGCCACCCUGUAAGUGAAGACGACCCUGCGUAGGAUGGUGGCAUGAGUGAGCUUGCCGUGGUGUCAGAGUUGGCUUGAGGGCUGGCUGAAGGCGGGGAAGCAGCCGUUUCUUCCCUCGGCCCGCCAGUCGACCAUGAGCCUCGCGGUAUCAUUCCGCAACUACAUCAUGGUGAGAAGAUUCAUGACCCAGGCACGAUACGUGUGUACCUGCCUGUGUGCAGGCUCCCUUCGCAGAGGAGUUUGUCUUCCGGGCUUGUGUGAUCGCCUUGUUCGCUGCAGGUAGGUCGGCUGGCGCACACAUUUACCAGAACAUCCACACGGGACGGUGUGUGUGUGUCUGAGUGUGUGUAGGAGGUGCGUCUUCAUGGCAGGUGGUCGCGUUGAGCCCUCUUGUGUUCAGCCUGGCGCACUGCCACCACUAUGUGCAGCAGCACCCGCAGUACGGACACACAAAGGCCUUGCUCAACAUCGGUCGGUCAGCCAGACAGACAGACAGACAGACAGAUAGGCAGACAGGAAGACAGCCGGAACCUGAGUCGGCUGAGCAUACCAUGUGCGCUAUCUACUUUUCACCUCAGCUGGUCAGGUACUGUACACGAGUGUGUUUGGGUCUGCGGCCGCCUAUGUGUAUGUCCGGACGGGUCACCUGGUGCCGGCCAUCCUGCUGCACGCCCUCUGUAACUAUCUGUCCAUUCCUGAUGCCAGGUCGCACACAUCAACACACAUACAUACGAAGCUUUCUUGUCACGGUGUUGUUCGUGUCCUCCAUGCGCGUGGUGCAGGUGGUGGAGUGAUCCGAAGCAUGUUCACUACUGCCGCAGACACUGUGAGCCGACCUAGCCACGCGAAUGUGCCACGUAUGUACGUCAGGGGGCGAUUGUUGUGUUGUGUCCUUCCUUGCAUCAGUUCUGGUGGUGUGUUAUGGUUUGGGUGUGGUGCUCUUUAUCGUCUCUCUGGGGCCCUUGACGAAGGUGUCAACAUGCGGAAUGAACGAAACGGGCAUGAGUGUGUGUGCUGCUGGUUUGGUGGUGUGUUGUGGUUUGGUUUGGUGUGUCAGGGCUACCCGUCAAUGUACAGCAGCUAUGCCGAGGUACACGGGUGCUGAGCUGUGCGAGGAGCUGUAUGUCACGGAUACGAAAGAUAGAUAGAUAGAUAGAGAGAUAGGCGUCUGGUACGCAUAAACGGACGCUCUGCAUGAAG